AUGCAGGACAUUUGGAUGCGUUGGCACUUCGAUGGCACCGGCUUUAGCGCUUCGGAACUCUUGCGCGUGCGCCAGGUGCUUUCAGGGAACUCUUUGGGCUGGUUCAUGGGGCAUGGUGGGAGUCUUGAGGGUGAUUCGGUGACUGGGAUGGGAAAUGACCAGUGUGAGGAGGGAUAUGAUGGUGGUGCGCUAGGUCAUUUGAAUAUGGCAGCAUUUGACCUCUUUAAAUAUUCCGAUGUCUCGGAGAUUAGCAGCGAGGACUUGACGAUGGCUGUUCAGCACUUGGGCUACUUCGCGAUCGUUCCCGAGGUAGUGGACGAGCGAGCCAAGGAAGUGACCGAGUACUCUGCAAUGAACCUGGCAGAGUUCACCAGCUUCCUCGAGAAGUAUGCGCAGCAAGAGCUGGCCGACAUCAAAGAGGCGUUCCAGCGCCAUUCCAAGCACUCAAAGGUUCCGCAAAAGGUGCUCUUACCUUUUCUGCAUGAAGUAGGCUUCACGUCGCUCCAGCGUUCGGUCUUCGAGACCUUGACCGCGAGCCGGAUGACCAUGAAGUCCCUGACGCUGCCGCAGAUCUUCCGCUUCUUGGCGGUGCACCGCUCCUCCGAAGGCUUUACCACGUCGCAGCUGCAGGCCGCGCGGAAAGCAUUCGACCAGGUGCGACAAGGCAAAGAUGAAAUAGCACCACACGGCGUGGGGGCCGCGUUGGCUUUGCUGUUUGGACAAGACGCCUAUGACAAGUGGAAUCGCCUGUGGGAGAGGAUGAGAGGAAGCAAUCGCAAAGAAGAGGAGGAGAGGGAUGUCUGGCACACUCCCUUAGUCGACUUCCGGGACUUCCUGGCCUUCGCACGGGCGCUUCAAGUGGAAGAGCUUUCAGAACUUCACGCAAGGUUUCAACUGAUCGAUGGCGACCACGACGGUGCUGUAGAGAAAGGCGAAUUCUUGCGGCUCCUUCCGGAAGACACGGCCCUGCUGAUCAGCCACAAGGUGGAGACGCUUUUGUCGGACGCGCAGAUCUCUGCAGGGACGAUGGUGAUGACCUUUGACGAUGUGUUCGACGUCAUGAGCCUUUGUCGCAGCACCAGCAACUUCACGAGCUCAGAGUUGGAGGAGCUGAAAGAGGCCUUCCAUCGCUUCGACGAGGAUUCCUCGGGGAAGAUCGAUGUGCUGGAGAUGGUGGAGAUGCUUCUCUACAUGGGCUACAGCAGCUCCUUGGAGGUCGUCCACCAGAGCCUUGGCGCCGGGACCAAUCGGCACCAAUCGAAUCAUUCACAGAGUAGUCCAAUCAGUUUCUGA